GCGCAACGUAAGACCAAAACGCAGAAUAAGAGAGGGAACCUGAAGCGAAUGUUAGCUGAGGAAAAAUAAAAAACAAAAAGGAAAGCGGAAAACUAAUAGAAACAGAAGCAGAAUUAUAUUUUGGAGCGAUCGGGAUCCGUUUUACCGGGUCCAUCAUCUCUUCUAUUCUCUUCUCUCUCAAAGAAAGACAAAUCGUUUGAGAAAGAAAAAGAAAGAGAGAUGUGGGUGUUUUAUUUGAUCUCGUUACCUCUAACCCUAGGCAUGGUGAUUUUAACAGCCAGAUACUUCGCUGGACCCGAGGUUCCUCGUUAUGUCUUCUUCACCGUUGGAUACACCUGGUUUUGUUCUCUCGCCAUCAUCACCCUCGUCCCUGCCGAUAUCUACACGACUAAAUUUGAUCUUGAUCGCGGAGGCAUUUCUUUCUAUUGGAUUUGGUCGUAUUGGAGUACAUUUUUACUUACCUGGGCUGUGGUGCCCCUUAUUCAGGGUUUUGAAGAUGCAGGAGACUUCACCGUUGUAGAAAGAUUAAAGACUAGUGUACGCGCGAACUUAGUCUUCUAUUUAAUUGUGGGAGCCAUUGGCCUCUUUGGAAUUAUACUUCUCAUCAUCAUGCACAAGAUAAGGAUCGGAAAUGUGCUUGCUUUUGCCAUGGCUUGCUCAAAUACUUUUGGACUUGUUACCGGUGCAUUUCUUCUUGGUUUUGGUUUGAGUGAAAUUCCCAAGGGCCUAUGGAGAAAUUCAGAUUGGUCCACCCGCCAAAAAGUACUUUCUCAUAAAAUUGCCAAAAUGGCUGUGAGACUUGACGAUGCUCAUCAAGAUCUUUCAAAUGCUAUUGUAGUUGCUCAAGCAACAUCCAAUCAGAUGUCCAAGCGUGACCCUUUGAGACCCUACAUGGAUGUUAUUGAUAAUAUGCUAGCACAAAUGUUUAAGCAAGACCCAUCCUUUAAACCGCAAGGUGGUCGGUUGGGAGAAAAUGAUAUGGACUAUGACACAGAUGUGAGAUCAAUGGCAACACUCAGACGUCAUCUUCGAGGAGCUCGGGAAGAGUAUUAUCGUUGUAGAAGUGAGUAUAUGACCUAUGUCAUGGAAGCGCUUGAACUGGAAGACACUGUUAAAAACUAUGAACGAGGCAGUUCAACUGGAUGGCAAUAUAUUUCAAGCUUCAAGCCUGCUCGCACUGGGAAGUUGGGUGCUUCCUUUGAUACAAUGGAAUUUUUGUGGCGAUGCAUCUUAAGAAAGCAACUUAAAAAGGUGUUGGCGGUCAUACUGUGUACCAUGUCAGCUGCAAUUCUUUUAGCAGAGGCAACUCUACUAAUUGGUGGAGUUGAUCUCUCUCUAUUUUCAAUCCUUAUAAACUCUGUAGGAAAACAAGAGUUAUCCAUGCAGGUUUUGGCUUUUGUACCUUUGAUGUAUAUGUGCAUCUGCACAUACUAUUCUUUGUUCAAAAUUGGAAUGUUAAUGUUUUACUCAUUAACACCCAGGCGGACAAGUUCAGUCAGCUUGCUUAUGAUAUGCUCGAUGGUUGCUCGAUAUGCUCCUCCAAUUUCAUACAACUUUCUCAACCUCAUCAAUCUUGAUUCUAAGGAAACUAUAUUUGAAAAGCGAAUGGGGAAAAUCGACAAAGCCGUCCCUUUCUUUGGAAAUGAUUUUAACAGAAUCUAUCCACUUAUUAUGGUUAUAUACACCCUGUUGGUUGCAAGCAAUUUCUUUGAUCGAGUAAUUGGUUUCUUUGGAAGCUUGAAGAGAUUUCGGUUUCAAACCGAGGCAGAUGAUACUGAUGGAUUUGAUCCUUCGGGAUUAAUUAUCCUACAAAAAGAACGAUCUUGGUUGGAACAAGGACUAAAAGUUGGUGAGCAUGUUGUGCCACUGGCAAGAAACUUUAACGGUGUGGAUAUGGAGUCUGGAAGCAAUAGUAUCGAAAGGACUGCUGUUGAAAUGAAGGCAACAAGCAGUUUAGGCAUUGAGGACAGAAAGGGAAGCCAAUCCAAAUCCUUGAAAGAAGAAAGUCAGAGAUAUGGCACAAGCAGAGAAGCCGUCAGUAACAAGUAUGCUGCCUUUAGAGAACAGAACAGACAAGCCAAUAUGAGGCUGGUGGAGAAGAACGUUGCCGCUGCAAAAGUGUCAUUGCUUGAUGAUGAGGAUUCUCACUCCAACAAUACAACAGCUGGACCACCAGCUGGUUUGGCCUCAAAAUGGGAAUCAAUGAAGAAUGGUUUUCAGAGUUUUAAAGCAAACAUAGGAGCCAAAAAAUUUCUUCCUUUACGCCAAACUCAGGAACCACAACUUGUCUCUCGCAAUUCAUCAUCUCAAUCCCUUGAUGAGAUAUUCCAGAGACUGAAACGACCAUCUGCAGACCGGGGAAGUCUAAGUGAUGAUGAUGAAGAUGGGCAUGGGACCGAGAUCAAGAUUUCAGGUCCUACCAGAUAAUGUUAGCCUUGCCCAUGACACUAUGAAAUUUAUAUGCCUGUUGUAGACUGGAAUACAAGGUGUACAGAUAAAGGGCGAUACCCAGCUCAUAUUAAACAUCUUGAUUGAAGCCUGGGGGGCUACAUACGUAUAAUACGAUAGCAAAAGUAGGAUUGUGUUUAUGAACACUACUGAUCUUGUGUAGGCAAAAUUUUGUCUUGUGAAUUGUACCAUUAAAACAGAUUUCGUCAUAAGCUUCCCUUGCUGGGUAGUGUACACGCUAAUAACAUUCGAACACAAAUUUCUUGA